AUGCCGAAAUUUUAUAGAUUUAGACCUACGUCACCCACCCGAAAAUCAAAACGUAAUAAAGACAAGGAGAAAGAUAAAGAAAUUUAUAAAAACGAGCCUGAAAUUGAAAGAAACUGGUUAGAUAUGACACUAGCUUGCCCUGCAACGCCAUCUUGGUAUUUACGUCGGAUCGCUUGGCGUGAGACUUCACCGCUGUUGGGUCUGCCUCGUCAAUUCAACACCGGUCUUCGCGCAGAGUUACAUAUCGGUAAUCGACCGAUUUUUGUCUUCAAAGUUCCACCAGCAAUACGAUCGCAGGACAUGAUGCGAUUAUUUUAG